AUGUUAAAUUUUAAUUGGAUAUUACCAGUUUUUGGUGGUUCCGAUCGAUAUGCUGACCAACAAAAAUAUACAUAUUUUACAUCAGAUUUGAAAUUGAGUAAAUAUCCUCAAGGCUAUUGUGGUGGCACACCAAUAGAAUCGUGUGACUAUGAAAAAUAUGGCGAAGCUGUAAUCCUUACCUCUGGUGUAACACUUAUCAUUGCAUUCACAAUUCUCAUCAUCUCUAUUUUCUUUUGGCUUGGCAGAUCAACUUUGUUUGGUGGUUGUCACGGAUCCCGAGGAUUCUUUGUUCCCAAAGGUAGAUUCAUCGAGCAAUUUGGCGAAGGUUACACAAAUUGUCAAAUAUUUACACUAAGAGUUGUUGUUAUAAUUUUAGUUGGAUGUUCAAUUCCAUUAUUUAUAACUUGUUUACAUGGAAAUGUUAAAUUAACAAAUGGAUUAAAAAAUAUAGGUAAAGAGAUUUGUGAUAAAGCAGACGAAACCUAUAAGGAGGUUUAUAACAUUACACAACAAUUGAAUUCGACGGAAUUCGAAAGAUUGGAAAUCUAUGCCAACAUCACUGACAAAGAGAUACUCUACCAACAAGUUCAGAAUAUCUUGCAAGAUGCUAUUGGCCUAAAGAAAGAUGCACAUGGAAUAAAUGACCGUGUCAUUCACUAUAACACUUAUCGUAACAGUAUUACUCUUGUUGUAUUAAUAUUUGCUCUCAUAGCAUGCGGUGUCUUGGCUUUUUCUAUUUUUAAUAUUCCACAACUAGCUUUUAUGUCUGCGAUUAUCAUAAUUAUAAUAUUACCAUUGAUGUGGAUUACUUUCAGUGUCCACUACUCUAGUAAUUUCUUAAUUUCCGAUCUUUGUCAAUCCUAUACUAUUAACUAUGGAAACGGAACCGUUUCACAAGCCAACUUUACCAAUCCUCUUGUAAAUGAGGUGUUUAAUGGCUGCCAGAAUGGAAGUGCCACGAUGUCUGUCUUUGAUGAUCUGGUGACCACCGUUACUGGAUUGUUGAAUAGCUCGUACACUGAGGCGUGUGGCGAUGGUGGUUUCGGAAGUUUGUGUGACUUGCAGUUCGACGACUAUCCCGACGGCUACCAACAUCCACCGGUCAAGAGAAACGUCCUCGAUUGCAGUGGACUGCCGGCGUGUAACAACAAAACGAUCGAACUCUACACUAAUGUUUCGAUCUACGAUUUUGAAUAUGGAUGCUAUCGUGGCGCCGAUCCUGCGGAAUGUCCGUUCAACGCUGGAAACAACGCACAGCAAUGUCUGCAAUCCGGUGGCAAACUAGUGACCUGCCACGUCAAACAACUACCAUCUGUCAAAGACUGCGAAGCCCAGUGUAAGAACCAAGACAUCGCAAACUAUAGUCAGACCGCAGUCGAUGGUGUCGACGCACUCCUUAUAUUCCAGGGCAUCUGGUCGAACCAAGUACUACCACUAAUUAGCUGUGCCAAUUUGGUGCCAUUUGUAAAAUCAAUUGAAUAUCAACUUUGUGAAGAGGAAUAUGAUUAUGUUCAACAAUUAGUUGCUCCAACUUGUUUGUUUGCAAUAUUACUUAUUGCUGUUGGUAUUGUGUCAGUGUUGGCAUCAAAGAGGUUCAACAAACAUAACCAAAGAUGUCAUAAUGAAAAAAAACAUUAA